GGAUCUUUCAUGCUGGCAGGUAUAUGUCUUCUUGUUACACAUGGUGCCAUAAGCAUGCUAGUAUGUUUGAUUCCUUUGAGUUUAAUGGACAAGAUGCAGCCUGUAGUUUUAGCUUGCAGAUUUUAUGAGGUAGGUGGAUUUCAUGUAUACUGGUGACUAGUGAACUUUGGAGCCAUGAAACCGCUUAUGGGCAGCCUCAGGGAUGUACAGUCCUUCCUUCAUGCUUUUAACAGGCAUUCUAUUACUAUUUUUAAACCCUAUUCUGUAGCAUGUCAAGUUAUAUCACAGUUCAGCACAUAUACAUCUUUUAGAAGAUCUCAGAAAAUAGAGCACAAAGGUCUUGAUAAGGCCUUGAAGAUUUUGGAUCUUGUAACCCCCAAAACCAGUAAGAAUGAAGGAGAUUCAUGCCAUCAUCGCCUCAUACAAGGUUGCAUGCAGGAUAUUCUGGGAGUUGGUCGAAGAAGCUGCUUGAUACCUGUUAAAAUCAGUGAGCAUAGUAAGUCAACUGAUCUGAUUCUAAUUGCCCCUGACAAGAGUCGUUCGAGUAAUGAAUCUGCAUGUUGGAGGACUAUUUCAUCAAAGGAGGACCCUUUCUUGCUGUUUGUUGAAUUACACAAGAGAGGAAUUAGCAUGGAUGUAUCUAUAUUUUCUUCCAUUAUGAGCAUCUGUGCAUCUACAGGGGCUCUUGACACAGGGGUGCAGCUUCAUGCUCUUUUAGUGAAAAGGGGUUAUGACAUGUCUAUACCUAUUGGGAGCUCAUUGAUCAGUUUAUAUUCCAAGUGUAGGCAACUAGCAAAUGCAUUUCAAGUUUUUCAGAUGAUGCCUGUGAGGAACACAGUCUCAUGGACUGCAAUAAUAGCAGGUUAUGCUCAGCACUGGCAAAUUGAGACAUGUCUAUAUCUAUUUGUUUUGAUGAGACAGUCCACAUCAAAACCAAAUGAUGUCACAUUUGCAAGCCUCCUGAGUGCAUGCACCAGCGGUGGAUAUCUUGGGUUUGGAAGAAGUAUUCAUUGUCUAGAAAUAAGAAUGGGUUUUGAUUUGUAUGUCCAUGUUUCCAAUGCACUGAUCUCUAUGUAUUCUAAGUGUGGAAGUAUUGAUGAAGCUCAUUACGUCUUUCAGAAAAUGCCAUGCAGAGAUCUAAUAUCAUGGAACUCCAUGAUUUCUGGAUAUGCUCAAUAUGGGCUUGGUGAGCUGGCGGUGGAUUUGCUGAAAAAAAUGGAUAAAGAGAAUAUAGUACCUGAUGCCAUCUCUUUCCUUGGUGUUCUUUCCUCAUGCCGGCAUGCUGGCCUUGUAGAACUAGGUCGCCAUUGCUUUGAUUUAAUGCUUGAGCAUGGGAUAAAACCAGAAUUAGACCAUUACUCUUGCAUCAUAGAUCUUCUUGGCCGUGCUGGAAGGCUUGAAGAGGCACUAGAUAUCAUUAAGAGAAUGUCCAUAUCCCCAAAUGCUGUUAUAUGGGGAUCACUUCUUUCAUCUUGCAGGGUUCAUGGAAAUGUUUGGAUUGGGAUUCAUGCUGCUGAGAGUCGGAUUUUGUUGGAACCAGGCUGUGCUGCAACCUAUGUUCAGCUAGCAAAUCUGUAUGCUGGUGUAGGUUAUUGGAAUCAUGUAGCAAAAGUUCGGAAGUUGAUGAAGGACAGAGGGCUGAAGACAAGCCCUGGAUACAGUUGGAUAGAAAUUGGUAAUAACAUUUACAGGUUUAAAGCAGAAGACAGAUCAAACAGUCAGAUAAAUGACAUCCUCACCAUCUUGGAUUCUUUGGCAUGUCACGUGGAAUAUUUGGGCUAUCCGGAUAUAGUUGACUUUGAUCUUAGUUAUAAAGGAAUUUCUCCAUGAAUAUGCAGCAAAUUGUUUUCAUUUAUAUGUGUUUUCUUGUAGGCACCAAUCAAUGUGUGCAUCUGCUUCUGCUCUAUGCCAUUCAAGAUGCCAUCUGUUAUUAUUAAUGCAAAACGUUAAACUAGUAUAAAAGUUCAUUAUAAUCCAUUUGUGGUGAAAAGUUCUUAUAUAAAUACAUUUUUUUGCAUAAG